UUGCUCUAGGUCGUAACCAGCCUUUGAAAAAGGAAAAACCAAAAUGGAAAAGCGAUUAUCCCAUGACAGAUGGACAACUGCGCAGCAAGAGGGAUGAAUUUUGGGACACCGCACCAGCUUUUGAAGGCCGGAAAGAGAUCUGGGAUGCCUUGAAGGCUGCUGCCCACGCUUUUGAAAGCAAUGAUCAUGAACUGGCACAGGCAAUCAUUGACGGUGCAAACAUAACACUACCACAUGGUGCACUGACAGAGUGCUACGAUGAGCUGGGGAACCGGUACCAACUGCCAGUCUAUUGCUUGGCACCACCAAUCAACAUGAUAGAGGAAAAGAGUGACAUUGAGACUCUGGAUAUCCCUGAGCCACCUCCCAAUUCUGGACAUGAAUCUCAGCUCCGUCUGCGCCUCUCCACAGGCAAAGACCUCAAGCUUGUGGUGCGCAGCACAGACACAGUGUUCCACAUGAAGAGGCGCUUACAUGCCACAGAGGGGGUGGAGCCGGGCAGUCAGCGUUGGUUCUUCUCUGGCAGGCCUCUCACUGAUAAAAUGAAGCUGGAGGAGCUGAAGAUCCCAAAGGACUAUGUGGUGCAGGUUAUCGUGAGCCAGCCUGUGCAAAACCCAACACCAGUGGAGAACUAAGCUGGGUUUGUCUGCUUCCCAGAUCCUCAGCUCCUUUUUAUUAUCAUUUCCUACUCUAUGGCGUGAAAUGUAUUUUCACUGCUCUGAAUUUCCUGUGAAUGGAUUUAGUUCUGAGGAAUUACCAGUGAAAAAUUCCAUCUGUGAUGGAGACCAACAAAAAUAAUAAAACACACAGAGCCAGACUCUGGGACUCCUGUAAUUACAGUUUCUAAUUUGAGAGGCAGUUAAGUAAUAGAUAACCAUUUAUUUUAAAACAUUUAUCAACUAUAUAAUGGCUGUAUUUAAAUGAUUUGGAGUGUAAACAGACACCAAACCCAUCAAGAACAGCACCAAGCACCUUUUGGAUACAAAAUUUUAUAAAACAUUUAUGUCAAAUUAUAUUUCAGAAUCAUCAAUAACAGUUACAAGCCGGGCAGUGGUGGUGCACACAUUUGAUCCCAGCACUUGAGAAGCAGAGGCAGGCAGAUCUCUGAGUUUGAGGCCAGCCUGGUCUACAGAGCUACACAGAGAAACCCUGUCUUGAAAAAACAAAAUCCAAAAUAAUAAUAAUAAUUACAAAACUUAAACUUUUUUUUUCUUUUGGAACCUAAAAGAGCUGAGGGGUUUGUUUCUCUUCUGGGCUUGUAUUCAUACUCCACCAGAAAGCAGUGGAGACUGGGAGUUGUCAGUGUUGCCUCCCCAAGUCACGCUCCUCAUGCACAUUCACUCAGUUCUGCUGCCGCCCAACACACUGGCAGGAGGCACCCUCUGGAACACUAGACAAUAAUUCAGUAAGUAGUCAGAGUUCUCAUUCUCAGUUAAGAGCUUGUUUUGCUGCAUAGUAGUUCUAAAAUGGCUAUAAUACCCAGGCUUGAGAUGGCUAGCUACUAUGUAAUGCCUUCACUGAUCCUGCCAUUCUGUGUGGCCAUUUCUGGAGCUAACUGACCCUAUCUAUGUUUCUGGGCCAGGCACCAUGGAAAUGGAGUAUAACUGCUCCCACUCCAGAAUAAAAAACAACCCUCUCUUCCCCACCUUGCAGGAGAUGUAAGUUAAACCUCUCUGCCGGUUCCUGGGGAAACUGCCUAUUCUCAGCCUUGGAAAAAACUCCAACUCAACAUUUUCAAGUGUGAAGGUUUGCAGUGUCUCUUAAACAACACUGGUGAGAACAAAUAGUGGCACCUGGCCCUAGCCCUCGGUGCUCUUUACUUCAUUCUGACUCUAGUCAUUGUGGGUGGCAGUGUACCUCCCGCACAUUCCCCACAAAGAGGUGAAUAACCACCAUCUGUACAUGGGGUUGAGGGACUGGAACACAGUGAACCAGCCUUACCUCCUCUGGAGAAGGCUGAAGAAAGCUGCCAAGGGUUGUAUUUAAUCUGGAGCCUUUUAAAAGCAGAUUCUGCCAGGCAUAGUGGUGCUUGCAUUUAAUCCCAGGGAGCAGAAGUAAGCAGAUCUCAGAAUUUGAGACCAGUCUGGAAUACAAAGGUGGUUCUAGGCCAAUUGGAGCUGCAAAGUGAGACCCUGUCUCAAAAAAAAAAGUUGAUUCCAUGAGAAGAGGGCUAAUGUGACCACACUAUAUCUUUGAGAAUCUGUGAGCUGUGAACAGUAGACGAAAGAGAGCUCUAUGUUCUUCUCAGUAGGGAAAUACUAAACCUUCAGCACCUAUUUGGAUGAUAAAACACCAUAAUUUAGUGGCAAAAUGAAACUAAGUAGUUUAAAAUGUAAUGUUUAAAGUGGUGUUAAAUUUCCUGUAGCCUGUUUAAAUAUACUUAUAAUUGUAACUUAUGUUUCUGAAAACUGUUAACCACUUCCCUAAUUCUGUUCAUUUUAAAGCUUGUGACUACACCUAAUUUAGACUUGAUGGUGAUUGAGUCUAAAUUCAGGAGAAGCACACAGCUUUAUCAACGAAGAAGGUGCUCACAUUCCUGUGUGGAGGCUCCAGGGCAGCUCAAUGCUUUGGCCUACCAUCAAGAGGGUUGAUUCAUUUACCACAUUGAAUAACAAUAUCUCAAAGUCCAUCAACUGGAAUAGAGUGUUUAAGCCAAUUAUUUUUCUAAAGGAAAUUUGAUGCUGUCACCAAUAACCUGUUUGGUAAAAGGUCUUGUUUGUUUCUUGAGGGUUGACCUCUCUUAAGAGUUUUUUUAUUUUAAAGGAACAUAUACUUUGAAUAACAAUCCUCCAGGCGUGUUUAACCUAGGUGAGAAAAAAAUGGUGCUGGUAAUUGUCAAUAGACUGAUGUAAGAUUGGAUCAAUACUUGAUGUGUAUAAUUUUAGUAUGUAGGAGUUUUGUGCUUUUUUUAAAAAAAAAAAGUUCCAACUUUU